AUGCCCCCCGAAUCGCAGCGCGCAAAAGUCCACAACGUAACCUUCGGAACAGGCUACAGCAUCUUCCACUCCACCAUCCUGCCCGCCAUCGCACAGGCAGAAACCGAAGUCAUCCUCACAACCUGUUUCUGGGCCCCCUCACCCACCCUCGCCGCCCUAAACCAAACCCUCCGCACUCUCUCCCAAACCUGCCUCCAAAACAACAAAAAUAAAAACAAAAACGAAAAAAUCAAAAUCCGCAUCGGCUUCUCCUCAUCUUCCUCCUCCUGGUCUUCUUCGCUCACGCAGAAACUCCUCCCCCCUUCGCGAAAAACGCAUCCCCCCUCGACAUGGAAUUCGAGAUUCGGACUCCCCUCGGAAGACGAAUUGCCGGGGUUAGAUGUGGAAGUGAAGAGUGUUUUCUUCCUGCCGCUGAGCGUGUGGCAUUCGAAAUUCGUGCUUGUGGAUCGCAGGAGGGUGUUCUUGCCGAGUUGUAAUGUUUCGUGGGAGGAGUGGUUGGAGGGGUGUGUGGAGAUGGAAGGAGGAGGGAUUGUGCGGGAGUUUGUGGAGUUUUGGAGGGGGAAUUGGAAUUGGAAUUGUGAGGGGGAGGAGGAGGGGGAGCGAGGGGAAGAAGGGCAGACUGAUGAUGAGAUUAUUGAAGACGGAAUCAUCGCCGAGUCACACGGGAGCCAACUACCCUCCCCCAUCGCAAGUGCAUACACCUUCCUCCCCUCCCCGCACACCCGGCAUCCGCACUUCCAACCCCUCCCCUUCCAACCCCCCCGCCCACCCCCCAGCACACCCCUAAACACCCACCUCCUCGCAUUCCUCACCACCGCGCAGCGCGAAAUCCAUCUGCAAACGCCCAACCUCACCUCCCCACCAGUCUUGGAAGCCUUGACGGGAGCUUUAGAGCGCGGAGUUGCCGUUACAGUAAUCACGAAUGAAAAGCUCAUGGUGCUGGAACAGCUGCUGACGGCGGGGACGACGACGGCGCGGUGCGUGAGGGCUCUGAUAGGGGAUUAUGGGCGUUGGCGGGAGAGACGGAGGGGGGAUGAGGAGGCGGAGGUUGGGGUCGUGGGGAGACCGGGGAGGUUGCGGAUUUCGUAUUACGAGCCGCUUGGUGGGGGCGGCGAGGGCGUGGAGGCGGUACGGUCGCAUUUGAAACUCACGAUAGUGGACGACCGGAUUGUGGUUUUUGGGAGCGGGAAUAUGGAUCGGGCGUCGUGGUAUACCAGUCAAGAACUCGGCGUGGCGUUCUAUUCGGAGGAAUUGGUGGCGGAGACGAGGAGAUUAUUGGAAGAGAAAUUGAAGGGCAGGACGAGAGUGGUCUACGACAGCGGCUGA